ACGGCAGUUGUUAAUCGUCAUUUGAAAGUGAUCGGUGGUCAGCGGUAGGUAGAUGGUCAGUUGUCAGACGAACCGCGCGCGAAUACGGUUGUGCGGAGAAUCUGGCCGUGUAACAGUCGAUCGUAUUCCUGUUUGGAAUAGCAAUCGGGAUCUGCGGGGGAUCGCGAGGCGUCUUUCGCAAUCGAGUUUGUUUUCACCGCAGUAGAACGGCGAGGCCUUCCAAAAUGUAUCCAGCCGUUGAUACGCACUCGCCGUGCACUUUUCGCCUUCUAAUCAUCACAGUUUUCACCGUGUUGACAGCGCGGAGCGCAGCAGCGAUGCCCUCGAGGGACGCGAGAUCAGUGGCCUCUUCAUUGGAAUCGAGCAUCGCGAAAGAAGUUCCGCCGAUCGUGACGAGUGUCAAGGCGAACGGCAGAACGAAGAGACACGAAUCGGCGAGAAACGACCGACGCAAUUUGACGACGGAAAAAACCUCUUCGGAUGUCGAUGCCAUAAAAUUUCCAGACGAGUCUCACGGUAUCCAAAGUCGAAACUUCGUACCUGUGCUGGACCCCUCCUGCGACGGGAGAACGUUUUGCGAAGAAAUCUCGGCGUACCCGCAGGAGUACGUGAGCAACGUUAUCAGUAGAUCGGGGAACAUCCAGGGAUUUUCCGGCGUCGACAAAAUCAGCAUCAUCGACAGAGUCGAUUCGUCGGACGGCGGGGAAGCUCUGUGCGGUUCGGAGACAAAGGUCGUCUUCCCGAAGACAGCGCGGAACGAGGAUAUGGAAUGGCUGUUCAUAGUCCAGGACGAGAAAAAGGGGUACAAGCAGGGAGUCAAAGUAGAGAACUGCGACGAGGGAACCAUCGAGGGCGCGUGCAAAAUCAUCGAAGGAUCGAUCUUCGGCUACAAGACCUCGUGCAAGCAAAAAUUCGUCUCUCGAGUGCUCGCAGCAGUUGGGAAAAACGGCACCGCGAUCACGGAGAAAUUCAGCAUGCCGUCGAGCUGCUGCUGCCAGAUCAAGCUCGUUGGUGCGGAUGCGAUCGGUUCGCGGCUGAGCGGGAAUGCGGGAAAAAACCACAGUCCUGCAGGACCCGUAAAACGUGGCCGUCGUUAUUGACUACUCAGAAUUAUUCGAUUAUAAUGUACAUAAGAAUUAAAAUUUCUUACUAAAAA